GAUGCUACCUAAUCUUAUCAGUUUGCUGUUUCUAAAUUACUUCAUCCAAGUAAUAGUAUAAUUCAAAUAAUUCGCUAAUUUUGGGCAGCAACAUGUCUGUAAGAAAGCUUUCUGACGAGUUACAAAACUGGCCAUUGACGAAUUAAAUGAAGAUCCGAAAAGAAUCCCAGAUGAUUUAAAGCAUAUUAAAAAUUGGCUUUCGAAACAGCCUCACAUAACAGCAAGAACAGACGAUCAGUUGCUCUUAGCAUUUCUUAGAGGAUGUAAAUUUAGUCUUGAACGUACUAAAGAAAAGCUGGACAUGCACUACACCUUAAAAACAAUAACUCCUGAAAUUUACGAAAAUCGUGACCCAAUGCGUCCCGAGAUUCAAAAAGUUUUAUCCGUUGGACCCAUGCUGCCAUUGCCAAAGUUAAGUCACCCUGCAGGGCCCCGCAUUAGCUUAGCCAGGAACAGUUUGGUCCGAGAGCAUGACUUGGACCAAGCUGCAGUUUUUAAAGUCAGUGCCAUGAUUCAAGACAUUUUGCUACUAGAGGACGAUAAUUUAGCAGUCGCUGGCACCACGUUGCUCCAUGACAUGUCUAAUCUCUCUAUGACUCAUGUUCUCUCAAGCGUUUCACCGGCUUUGGUAAAAAAAAUCAUGACUUGUGUCCAGUACGGCUAUCCGAACAGAAUUAAGAGCGCAGUAUUUUUUAAUGUGACUCCGGUGUUCGAUGCUGUGCAUAAAAUAUUUAAACCAUUUUUGACCGACAAAGUUAGGGAUAGGAUACGCAUAUGCAAAAAUAUCGAUAAUUUGUAUGAAGUCGUUCCUAAAGAAGUGCUUCCAGAGGAAUUUGGUGGAGACGGGGGUAAAAUGGAAGACAUUGUACAGCACUGGAAAGCCAAAGUGGAGAGUUAUCGCGAUUGGUUUUUGGAAGAUGCGAAAUAUGGAACAAAUGAAAAGAAAAGAGCAGGAAAGCCCAAAACUUCGGAAUCGAUCUAUGGCCUAGACGGGUCUUUUCGACAACUCUCUGUUGACUAAAUAGAUUUGCACUAAGUGUUUUAUUUUCUAAUGCAAAUAAAGAUAAGAGCAUUUA